GCGCUCAAAGCUUGGACCAUCCCACUUGUAAAUCAACUUCAUUCCAAGGUUUCUUGUUUUUGUCCAUCGAUAACCCACUUUUGAAAGUGCAGGUCGUACUUACAGAGCUUACAGCAACGACAGGCUGCGAAAAUCUUCCACUUAUCUCAGAACUUGCGCUGUGAACGUGCAGAUUACCACCAGCCCAAAUGGACGAAGACAUGGAGUUCGAUUCCAACGUGCCACAGCCUGCUCAGCAACAGCACCAACACCAGUCUUAUGAUGGUCGUAAGAUGCUAGACCUUGUUUUCAUCCAGGACUGCACAGGAAGUCAGGGGAGCUAUAUAUCAUCUGCGACAAGAAAUAUCGAAGAGAUUUGUGCCCAUAUAUUUGAAUCUGGGAAGCUGCAAGCCAGAGAGGAUCUACGAGUGGGUUUAGUUGCCUUUCGCGAUCAUCCACCACAGGACCAUACCUACAUCGUGAAGAACUUCGGAUUCUCAUCUGAUAUCAGUAAAGUACAUAAAGAUUUAUCGGGGCUCUAUGCUUCAGGAGGUGGCGAUGGCCCAGAAGCGGUUACUGCGGCUAUGGCUGAAGCUCUGAAUAUGGAUUGGAGAGAACAUGCUAGCAAAAUGAUCGUUUUGAUUGCUGAUGCACCACCUCAUGGAAUAGGAGAAUAUGGUGACGGUUUCGACGAAGGUUCUCCUGAUGGAUACGAUCCACUGCAGUUAGCACGCCUCAUGGCUAGUCGUGGUAUUACGCUAUUUUUCGUGGCUUGCGAGCCAGCACUGAGUGGAUAUUCAUAUGCCACUGACUUUUACCAAGCCAUAACCAACAUAACAUCGGGUCUAAUGCUACCUCUCACUACUGCUGAUUUACUCGCACAUGCUAUUGUCGGUAGUGUCCUUGAAAACCUCGACAUGGAGCGAUUAGUCCGAGAAGUCGGACAUGCAGUAGCCCAGCGUAUACUGGGCAACAACGAAAGUGUGGAUGACGUCGCUCGUGAACUACACGAGAAACUUCUGCUGCGCAACGAGAGUACAAAAAAAGUUGUCAUUGAAAGCAUUUACAAAGACUCGGAAGAAGCCAAACACAAUGUGUCUGUGUUUACGGAAGCGCCCUCCCUGGCGGAGGCUAGACCUGUACUCAAACGAGUACAUGGCACCCGCUUUACUGACAAAUAUCUUUUAGCACGGCAAUCAGCUGUUCGUGGAUCCUAUUCAUAUGCUCCUCCACUUCCUGUUCGUUCUACACCGACGAAGACCUAUGCGACUUCCCCUAGCACUAGUCCCUCGUCAGGGAUUGCGCAUUCACCGCCUCGCAAAGUUGUCACUGACUUUGCGGCGUUUGGUGCGCCGGCAAACGCUAGUGUCUUCGGAACUGCAGUUGCUUCAACACCUUUUUCAUUAGCGGGUGGUAAAGCUGCAUUUGGGGGAAUUCGUAACGGAAGCAGCCGGAGUGUCUUCGACGCUGACGAUGAAGAUGACGAAGACGGUAAUGGGAGGCAGCGAGUUGAGUUGAGGGAAGAUUCUAUUUCUCUCGACCAGGCACGGCGAAUCGCCAUGCAAAGCGCGUGGAGGAGCGUUCGUGGAUGAACCAGGGGCGCGUCCAGAUAUCAAGUUUUCAGUUUAAUCUUUGCUCCUACCCUGUCAUGUCAGCAGGUUACUACUAUGUUCCGCUUUCUUUUCAUUCGUGUCAUCAGUACGAUUAUAUCGCAUGUAGAUACAAAGAAUAGGUUGUUCCAUCAUCCCUUGGGACUUGUAUCAAUAUAGUAUAGUGCAUUUACAAUUAAUGAGACUCGAGGGUAUCAACUAAGUACUCCGUGCUCACAGCGACUAUGAAGAGACGGUAUCAUGAUCUGGCUUCCGUCUCCGUUUCUUUUUAAGUGAUUUCUCGUCUAUAGCGUCUGGCGCGGAAGUCUCCUCGGAUACAGGCUCUUGCGCCUUUAGCACCCUUUUUUUGGGAUGUCGUGAUUUAUCUGGAAUUUCAACAUUCUCCCCUGACGCUGUUAGUGGUUGAUCCUCUGAAGACGGAUCAGGCCUGUUCUUGCCCUCUUGACGUCUCUUCUCCUUCUUUUCUUUUCUCCUCUUUUCUUCCGACGGCUCCACCUCCCCCUGUUCCUUAGACUCCUUCCGUCUGCGGCGGGACUUCGUGUGCGCUUUUUGUGUGCUUACAGGAGCGUCCAGCUCGUCAGCCUCCUGGUCUUCGGUCUUCUUUGUAGCUCUCCUCGCCUCCUUGAUUUCUCGCUUCAAUCUUUUCCUUUCUCUUCGCGCCUCUUUAUCCUCAGUUACAGCAUGUAACUUCCGUUUCUUGCCUUUGGACUUCUUCUCUUCCUUACCGCUCGCCUCGCCUUCCGGGAGUGCAGCAUUUUCUGAACCUUGGACGCUCGAUUCAGGCUCACAAGUGGGGUCUUCGAUAUCUGCAGAAUCAGGUCCAAGGGUGGGACCGCGAAAAAAUCUCGCAUAUAGUCCCUUUUUAGCGGCUUCACGUUUGGCUGCUGCUAAUAAGCUCAAACGGGGUAUCACAGAGAUGGUGACGCCAGAGGGAUCAGGUGUUGAUAAUCCCGAAGCGGGAGUACCGCUAACAGGUCUUCGAUUGGAGAUGACACCAGUAGAUGUACGUUUGAAUUCGAGGGACGUUGAGCCUGGUGUACU